UAUACUGAAGCGUAAACAUAUAGGUCGCGUGGGUCUCGAGCUCACAUGUUGUUAUAUAAUCAAUGAUCACUACUACGCCAUCACCAUGUCAAUUUAAUAAUAUUUUUUGAACAAAAAUCCUAAACCAACCUCUUCUUGCUACGUCUCCAUUCACAGUUGCUGUUCCUCCCGGUCGUUGUUUGCACAAACUCAGCCUCAAUCCAAUACGAUCUAAUCUGAUAAAAUAGUAAGGAUACUUAUAACUGUUUUCCCUUGGUAUGGUAUUUCAUCAUAUGGGUGUGUUUAAGUUUUCAUCUUUCACCGGAUAAACAUGAAGAAUUAACCAUGCUCUAGUCAAAACUUGUUUUGCUCAAAAUUCAAUAACUUGGUCUGCUUAAAGAUAUUGGCUUGAUCCCUCACACCUGCAAAAUUGAAUGGCACCCUCAAUUUGUUUUCUUCUUCUAUCCCUUCUGUUCCUUUCAUCCUCCACAAGUGGUACUGAUGAAGAGGGUUUCAUCUCUGUGAUCAUAUCUGAUAAGGGCCUUGAUUUUGCCAAGGAUAUUCUGAUAGACCAAGCUGUUGCCUCUAUUGUUCAGUCUCAGCUGCCACAGAUUGAGAAGACUGUGCAAGUCCCUCUUGUUGGAAAAGCCAAAGUGGUUCUUUCUGACAUCACUAUCAAUCAUAUCCAAGUUAAUUCUUCAUCUGUUAAUACUGGAGAGACAGGCAUUGCUCUUGUCGUUUCUGGUGCCACUGCCGACUUGAGUUUGAACUGGAGGUACUCUGUUAGCAGUUGGUUAGUCCCAAUUGGAAUUUCGGACAGUGGAACCGCUACUGUGAAGGUUAAUGAUUUGCAAGUGGGACUUACUGUGAAUUUAAGAAACCAAGAAGGAACUCUUAAGUUGAAUCUCCUGGAUUCUGGAUGUCAUGUUAGAGAUUUAUCUAUAAAGUUGCAUGGUGGAGCAGCUUGGCUUUAUCAAGUGCUAGUAGAUGCUUUUGCAGGAAAUAUAGCAUCUGCAGUUGAAGAGGCAAUUUCUAAGAAAAUAAAUGAGGGGAUAUCAACUCUUGACCUUUUAUUGCAAUCUCUUCCAAAAACAAUCCCAUUAGACGAAACUGCUGCUCUAAAUGUUUCUUUCAUGGACAACCCAGUGCUGAGUGAUUCUGCUAUUGAAUUAGAAAUUAAUGGUUUAUUCACAGGGAGAAAUGAAGUUUUGGUACCUCAAGCUUACUACAGAGGAUCAGGCCUUUCUCUUUCUGCUUCCUGUGGUGGCAGUUCACCAAAGAUGAUAACAAUUUCAUUACAUGAAAGUGUUUUCAAAUCCGGUUCCAUGCUUUACUUCACUGCAGAUAGUAUGCAAUGGAUUGUUGAUGAACUUCCUGAUCAGGCCCUUCUGAACACUGCUGAAUGGAGAUUCCUUAUUCCACAAUUAUACAAAAAAUAUCCAAAUGACGACAUGAAUCUUAAUAUCUCUGUAUCUUCUCCACCAGAUAUACAAGUGACAAACAAAGAUGUCAGUGUCAACAUUUUCAUAGAUAUAACAAUUGAUGUUCUGGAAGAUGGUGAAGUCAUACCUGUUGCAUGCAUCUCGGUGGAUUUUAGUGCCUCUUUUGCUGUGGAAAUCUUAGGAAACAAUCUUGCUGGUUGGCUUAAAUUGAGAAAGUUUUCCACAUCCUUGAAAUGGAGUAAAAUAGGGAAACUGCACAUGAAUUUGAUUCAGUCUGUGACAUCAACCGUCCUCAAGACCGUCAUCAUACCAUACCUGAACUCGCAGUUAUUGAGAGGAAUUCCACUGCCAAUUCUUAAUGGUUUUGCCAUUAAGAAUGUUUGUAUAUUGUAUGCUCCCCCUCGGAUUACUGUGUGUAGUGAUGUUUCUUUCUGAGGAGACUACUAUCUCAACCAAUUACCAGCUUAUGAAUCAUAAAGAUGCUCUGAUUAGAGAUCCGUCUGCUUUGUGUACUAAGUGGUAAUAAGGUAAUGAGCAACUUGUCAAGAUAGCUGUGAAGAGUGAAUGACAUGAACAACACAAGUCCAUUUGUGGAUAUAUUUCAUCAUUGGUGGAGCUCUGGAUUUUACCUGUUGAAAAUCAUGCUGUCCUGAAGAUUACAAGAAAAGACUGCCAAUAGUCAAACGUCCUAAUUGGUUGGGGAUGCCCUGGGCUCUUUAUUAAUUUUAAUCAGGGAUUGGCAUUAUUAUUUGUAAAUUUGUGAAAAUAAUAUUAACUUUUGUUUGGAUGUAUCAUACUAGAUUAGUAUUUUUCUUUCCCAGGUAUUAACAAAUAACAAAUACUAAUUAUUUAAAAUAAAAAACAUUUAUUUCUGCACCACUA